UCGAGCAUAUCAGCAUGCUGGUCAUUCUACUGAACUGUGUGACUCUAGGGAUGUUUCAACCGUGCGAAGAUGUCAACUGCGAGUCAGAACGAUGCACCAUACUAGAGGCGUUUGAUGGCUUCAUCUUUGCUUUCUUUGCGGUGGAAAUGGUUAUUAAGAUGAUCGCGCUCGGCAUCUUCGGGCAGAAGUGUUAUUUAGGAGACACGUGGAACAGGCUGGAUUUUUUCAUUGUCAUGGCAGGGAUGAUGGAGUAUUCUCUUGAUGGACACAAUGUCAGCCUGUCUGCCAUCCGCACUGUUCGUGUUUUAAGGCCACUUAGAGCCAUUAACAGGGUUCCAAGUAUGAGAAUACUAGUUACCCUGCUGUUAGACACUCUGCCUAUGUUAGGCAAUGUUCUCCUCUUGUGUUUCUUUGUGUUUUUCAUCUUCGGGAUUGUCGGUGUUCAGCUUUGGGCCGGGCUGCUCAGAAACCGAUGUUUUCUGGACCCCGAUUUUGCAAUGGCUAACAAUUUUUCAACUCUAAAAUAUUACCACGUAGAUGAAACAGAAGACAACCCGUACAUCUGCUCCUCUGUCCGGGACAACGGAAUGCUUAAAUGCCAAGAUAUCCCUGCCAAGCUGGACUGCUCCCACACCUAUUACACAGAUUAUACCAACAGCUGUAUGAACUUCAAUCAGUUUUACAACGUAUGCAAACCAGGAGAGGUGAAUCCACAUAAAGGAGCCAUUAAUUUUGAUAACAUUGGCUAUGCUUGGAUAGCAAUCUUUCAGGUUAUAACCCUGGAAGGCUGGGUUGAUAUUAUGUACUAUGUCAUGGAUGCACAUUCUUUUUACAAUUUUAUAUAUUUUAUACUACUUAUUAUAGUCGGUUCUUUCUUCAUGAUAAACUUGUGCCUGGUUGUGAUAGCAACACAGUUUUCUGAAACAAAGCAGCGGGAGAAUCAGCUUAUGCAGGAGCAACGGGCCAGAUAUCUCUCCAAUGACAGCACAAUCGCCAGUUUCUCAGAGCCAGGCAGCUGCUAUGAGGAGCUUCUCAAAUACAUCUGCCACAUAUUCAGGAAGGUAAAGCGACGGACGUUACGACUUUAUAAUAAUUGGCAAAACAAACGAAGGAAAAAAGUGAAUCCCAACAGUACCAUGAAUGGGCAGGGCCGAGGCCGCAAGUGUAAACGGCGCAUCACAUCGAUCCAUCACUUAAUUCAUCACCAUCAUCAUCAUCACCAUCAUCAUUACCAUAUUAGCAACGGGAGUCCCAGGGGACGCAGGCCGAGCCCUGAGAUUUGCGAUGUGGAAAUGAAGAUUGUGAAGCCCAACAGUCAACUAAGGCUCCCUUCUCCUUCACCCAGUCUUCAGCGUCCAAUGUCCGCCAGCGAGUCCAUCCAUAGCAUCUAUCAUGCAGAUUGCCAUUUCGAAGGGCCUCAGUUGAAAUCUUGCAAGUCUUCCAACGCUUCAUCCAACAUUAAACUGAAUGCUGGACUCAACCAUACUAACAUGAAUUAUCCCACCAUCCUACCUUCCCCAGCAAGCAAAACCAGUCCCACCACGCUUCCCAAAGGCAAAAGAAGUGGCAGCACUCCAGUAAGCUUGGUCAACAGUCCCAUCAGUUUAAAUGCAGAGUCCUAUGGGAAGGUCCAACAGUUCGUGGGAGAGCGGGGCCUUUGUAGAAGCUCCAGCAAGUUGUCCAGUCUAAGCGUCCCUUGUUCCAUGCCAGGUUCUCAGCCAAGUCAAAUUAUGUGUGAGAUUCAGAACUGCACAUACUGUGCCAACCUGUUGGAAAAUCCAGAGCUGGAACUGAGUGAUUCAGAGAGCUGUGAAUCAGAUACUAAUGGAGUUUAUGAGUUCACUCAAGACAUGAGACAUGGGGAUCAAAGAGACCAAGUGCAGAAAGGGAAGAAGCUCAAAAGAUCUCAAGAAUCGAACCGGAUUUAUAAACUCUGGGAAGAAUUUACUAACCGAUUAAAGAGGAUUGUGGAUAGCAAAUAUUUCAACCGUGGGAUCAUGAUCGCCAUCUUGAUUAAUACCUUGAGCAUGGGGAUUGAAUAUCACGAGCAGCCAGAAGAGUUGACCAAUGCCUUGGAGAUUAGCAACAUUGUAUUCACCAGCAUGUUUGCCCUGGAGAUGCUUCUAAAACUAUUGGCUUUCGGGAUUUUUGGCUACAUUAAAAAUCCAUACAACAUAUUUGAUGGAAUCAUAGUUGUCAUCAGUGUUUGGGAGAUCAUCGGACAAUCAGAUGGGGGUCUGUCUGUGCUCAGAACAUUUAGACUGCUGCGUGUUCUGAAACUGGUCCGCUUCAUGCCAGCUCUACGUCGACAGCUGGUAGUCCUUAUGAAGACCAUGGACAACGUGGCCACCUUCUGCAUGCUUCUCAUGUUGUUCAUCUUUAUCUUCAGCAUUCUUGGCAUGCAUCUUUUUGGUUGUAAGUUUACCGUGAAGACAGACACCGGGGAUACAAUCACCGACAGAAAAAACUUUGAUUCUUUACUUUGGGCCAUUGUAACUGUUUUCCAGAUUCUCACCCAGGAAGAUUGGAAUAUGGUCCUGUAUAAUGGCAUGGCUUCUACGUCAUCAUGGGCGGCGCUUUACUUUGUGGCCUUGAUGACGUUUGGGAAUUACGUCCUGUUUAACCUAUUAGUAGCCAUUUUGGUGGAAGGUUUUCAAGCAGAGGGCGAUGCAACAAGGUCAGACACUGAUGAGGAGAAAGUCUCUGCUAACUUUGAGGAAGACCUGGAGAAGAUACGAGAUCUACGCACAGCAGAGUUGAAGAUGUAUUCUCUCGCAGUGACACCAAAUGGGCAUCUUGACCCUCGUUGUUCUUUGCCGCCACCUAUUAUCAUGCGCACGGCUGCCACCCCAAUGCCCACGCCUAAAUGCUCACCCUGCCUGGACCCUGGACACCCAUUCAUAGAUUCAAGAAGAGAAAGCAGCGUGUCUGUCGAUCCAUCCAUGUGUGAUCAGAAGUCUUUGGCUAGCCUCCGUAGCUCUCCGUGUGCCCCUUGGGCUACAUACAGUAAUUGGGGAAGUCGUCGCUCCAGCUGGAAUAGUCUUGGCAGAGCCCCAAGCAUCAAAAAGAAAAAUCAGUCCGGUGAAAGGGAGUCCCUGCUGUCCGGCGAGGGGAAGGGAAGCACGGAUGAUGACUCUGAUGACUGCAAGUCCAGCUCAAUGGGUAGAGGAUCCCUACAUCGGCGGGCAGGUUCUCUGGAUACUCGCGGCUCUUUGGACAUCCCUGAGCUUCUCCAGGUGCCAACGUUACGCCACUCCCUUAGCGUCAGUCCUCUAGCCAUGGUUCCUUCAGAGUUUCAAGACUGCAAUGGCAAAAUGCUUCACGUGCCUAGCGAGCUGUUUGUCCGAGUAGAGAAGCACAAGGAGGAGCCUCCCCUGGACUAUGAGGACGACCUAGAAGAUAGUUACUGCUUCCGGAUUCGUAAGAUUUUGGAGCCUUACAAACCGAAAUGGUGCAAGACUCAUGAAGACUGGUCUCUUUACAUGUUCUCGCCACAAAAUCAGUUUCGUAUGAUGUGCCAGAAGGUCAUUGCUCACAAGAUGUUUGAUCAUGUGGUACUUGUUUUCAUCUUUCUAAAUUGCAUCACGAUUGCUCUGGAACGACCUGAUAUUGACCCAAACAGUAUGGAAAGGAUAUUCUUGAGUGUUUCGAACCACAUUUUUACAGCAAUCUUUGUUGUGGAAAUGACCAUCAAGGUGGUGGCUCUUGGGUUUUUCUCUGGGGAGAAUGCUUACCUACAGAGCAGCUGGAAUGUCCUGGAUGGAGUCCUGGUCUUUGUUUCCAUCAUCGAUAUCAUCGUGUCUCUGGCAUCGGCUGGAGGAGCCAAAAUCCUGGGCAUCUUGAGAGUCUUGAGGUUGCUGCGUACCCUACGUCCCCUACGAGUUAUCAGCAGAGCGCCAGGCCUCAAACUGGUGGUAGAGACCUUGAUUUCUUCACUCCGACCCAUUGGAAAUAUCGUCCUGAUCUGUUGCGCUUUCUUCAUCAUCUUUGGUAUUUUGGGAGUACAGCUUUUUAAAGGGAAGUUUUAUUACUGUGAGGGUCUGGAAACUCGUAAUAUCACAAACAGAUCAGAAUGCAACCGAGCGCGUUACAAAUGGGUACGGAGGAAGUACAACUUUGACAAUUUGGGGCAGGCUCUGAUGUCACUGUUUGUUCUGUCGUCCAAAGAUGGCUGGGUAAAUAUCAUGUACGAUGGUCUGGAUGCUGUUGCCACAGAUAUUCAGCCAGUUCGCAACCACAACCCAUGGAUGUUACUUUACUUCAUCUCCUUCCUCCUCAUCGUAAGCUUCUUCGUCCUCAACAUGUUUGUUGGCGUGGUAGUCGAGAAUUUUCACAAGUGUCGUCAACACCAAGAAGCCGAGGAAGCCCGUCGCCGAGAGGAAAAACGUCUCCGUCGACUGGAAAAAAAGCGCAGGAGUAAGGCGUUCUAUAUGUCUGAGGCACAGCGGAGACCAUAUUACGCGGACUACUCACCAGCUCGACGGUACAUCCACACACUCUGUACCAGCCACUAUCUGGACCUCUUCAUCACCUUCAUCAUUGGCAUUAAUGUUAUCACUAUGUCCAUGGAACAUUACAACCAACCCAAGUCCCUGGAGGAAGCUCUGAAAUACUGUAACUACCUCUUCACCAUCGUCUUCGUGUUUGAAGCUGUUCUUAAACUGGUUGCUUUUGGAUUCCGAAGGUUCUUUAAAGACCGCUGGAACCAGUUGGAUUUGGCCAUCGUUCUUCUCUCCAUCAUGGGGAUUACAUUGGAGGAAAUAGAAAUCAAUGCCUCUCUUCCCAUCAACCCAACAAUUAUACGAAUCAUGAGGGUGCUGAGGAUUGCUCGAGUUUUGAAGUUGCUGAAGAUGGCAACGGGGAUGCGAGCUUUGCUGGACACCGUGGUGCAAGCGUUACCCCAGGUUGGAAACCUCGGCCUUCUCUUCAUGCUACUAUUUUUCAUCUACGCGGCACUGGGAGUGGAAUUGUUUGGGAAGCUUGUGUGUAAUGAAGAUAAUCUGUGUGAAGGACUCAGCAGGCACGCUACGUUUGAGAAUUUCGGGAUGGCGUUUCUAACCCUGUUCCGUGUCUCCACGGGCGACAACUGGAACGGCAUCAUGAAGGACACACUCCGAGAAUGCAACAGUGACGACAAGCAUUGCCUCACCUACCUGCCUAUCAUCUCCCCUGUCUAUUUUGUCACCUUUGUCCUGAUCGCCCAGUUUGUCCUGGUUAAUGUAGUGGUGGCAGUGUUAAUGAAGCACUUGGAGGAGAGCAACAAAGAAGCCAAAGAAGAUGCAGAGAUGGACGCAGAGAUCGAAAUGGAGAUGUCACGGGCACUGACUCCAGCUGCUGGAAGCGGCAGCCCUGCUCCAGACAACAAGGCAAUCACCAGGAACAUUAUCCCCGUAAAGACAGAACACCCAGUCCUGCUGAAACAAGCUAGGGGAGCACUGAGCCAGGAGAGUGUGACUUUAGUGAUCCCAGAAUCAGUGGAGGCAUCUGCCUGGGUGAAGGAUACAGCACCACCGUCCCCUAUGCCCUACAAGCACGGUUUGCGACUACCCCUCCAGCCCAGCGUACAUGGGCACGAGGAUGGUGAUGUCUACUUGAGAGAUGGUGCUGGCUCUCAGACCCUACUGGCAGUAAGAAAGGUCUCCGUAUCCAGAAUGCUGUCAUUACCCAAUGACAGCUACAUGUUUCGUCCUGUCCUGCCAGCCAAAGCUUCGUACCCUCUGCGUGAAGUAGACACUUAUGAAGACACUUCUCCAAAUGGGUCAGUUAUAUCAGUCCAUUCCCAAGCCAGUGAUAUCAGUUCCUUGCUAAAAUUACCUGUGGAAUGUCAACCUUUACCAUCCUGCCACCUGGACCCAGAGGACAUGCCUAAAAUCCCACCUCCAAUCUCCACCUCCAGAUCUCCAAGUCUUAACAGACUAUUACGCAGACAGGAGGCCAUACGGAUGGAUUCAGUUGAUUAUCACACUGAAGAAUCUAGUGACAGUCUUCAGGCUGAUUCUACGGAGAGUUUAAAUGUGAGGACUCCAUCACUAACUACAUUAGUUCCAAAUUUGCUUUGCCCCACGCCUCUCUCUCUGCAGGGAACCCCGCAGUCUUCCCCCAUACUCUCUUCUCACCUCAGAAAGUCAAGUGUCCGCACACGCAAACAUGUAUACAGCCAACACAGUAUUCCCAGCCGGCCUUCAAGCGGCAGCAGCACCAACACCAACCCAGAGGAAUCUACAUUUGAGUCCUCAGACCUGGCUGAUGAAGAGGUCAGCCAUAUAAACAGCUCAGCAAAGGGCUGGCGAGGACAAUCGCAUAAUAGGAGUCACUCUGUCUCUCCUUUCAUCUCCCAACCUUCAUCUCCUCCUCUACUAAAGAACUGCAAUAGCACAGCCAGCCUGGCAGGAACCGGCAACAAAGACAAAGACUUGAAGAAGUUCUACAGUGUUGAUACGCAAGGAUUCUUAACAAAGCCCAUGUGGGCAGAAGACCAAAGGAGGCAUUCCAUUGAGAUUUGCUCCUCCAUUGAUGAUGGAGACUCCUGCUUUGAUCUGUCCAUCGAAGAUAAACAUGACUCUUCUGUUCAUAUUCAGUCUGACCCAGAGUACAUUAAUGGAGUUAGGAGGAAAAAAAAGAUGAGUCCACCCUGUAUUUCUAUAGAACCUCCCAUGGAGGAUGAAGGUGUCACAGCUCCCUGUACCAAAGCAUCAGAAAAUAGUAUGAUGUUAAGAAGGCGAACACCAUCUUGUGAAUCCACUGCAUACAGGGACUCUUUAGAUCUUAGCGACAACCAAGUUGUUGACCAAACGUCAAAAACUGAUAGACGGAUCCAGACUCCUUGUCGCAAUGAACACUUGAUAAUACCCAGCUAUUCUUUUGAUCAGCUGGACACGAACAGCUUUUCAGACCUUUUAACAGACGGUGGAUGCUCCACUCCUCCAUCAGUUGGCCUUGUGGAUUCUAGGCCUGAACCAGUGGCUUUAGAUAGUAAACAAAAAGACCAUCUCCAAAUACAGAGCACCAAUCUCGAAAACAGCAACAGAGAUUUAAUUGGCAUUGGUAUGGGUUCCUUGAAAAAGCUUGCACUAGUGAACUCUUCUAUAACAACAGAGGAUACAAUAAAUAAACCGUUAUAGCCGUUAAGGAUUUGAGACAUUUUAAAUUGACUAGCUUGAUGAACCACUGGAUAGACGGGUCUUAUAAUCCCCUUUGGGUGUUAGUGUUUUCAAUAUGCUGUGGGCUCACGAGGAAUAAUGAAUAAAAAAAAGGAAAGAUUUGCAGAUGGUUUGAAUAAAAAUUUUCUUCUUUUGUUUGGUUUUAUAAACGGAAUACGGAGUUAACUUUCCAUAUAACCUCAAUCACAUUGAUUCGAGUUUUCUUUUUUUUUUUUUUUUAGGUUUUUUUUUUAUUUCUAUUUUUAAGCUGGCACUUUUUAUUGUGCAAAGACACAGUAUACAGAAGUGCUGAAAUAUGAAGACUUGUACAUUAUCUGUAUAUCAGCAUUAUAAAUAAAAUAGAAAUAAUGUAUUUGUGAAAAA